GCGCAUGCUCCGCCUGUUCGUCGGGCUUCCACGCUUCUUCACCCGGAGCCCCAUGCCUGGCCCAAAGCGGCCCCGGCCGGCCCGCAUCGGCACCCACGGGGGGACCUUCCACUGCGACGAGGCGCUCGCGUGCUUUCUCUUGCGCCUGCUUCCCUCUUAUCAGGAUGCAGAGAUCAUCCGGACGCGGGAUCCCCAGCUGCUCUCAGGCUGUGACGUGGUGGUGGACGUUGGGGGAGAGUACGACCCGCAGAAGCAUCGCUAUGACCAUCACCAGAGGUCAUUCGGAGAGUCGAUGCACAGCCUGAAACCUGAUAAACCUUGGCAGACCAAGCUGAGCAGUGCAGGGCUGGUGUACUUCCAUUUUGGCUCCCAGAUUCUGGCCAAUCAACUGGGCCUAACAGAGGACGAUCCUGUUGUGCGUGUGCUUCAUGACAAGUUGUACGAGAACUUUGUGGAGGAGAUUGACGCAAUAGACAAUGGCAUCUCCCAGUGGGACGGAGAGCCCCGCUAUGCCAUGACCACCAAUGUGAGUGCCAGAGUGGCCUACCUGAACCCCCGCUGGAAUGACAAGGAUCAGGACACUGAGGCUGGUUUCCAGAAGGCCAUGGAGCUGGUGGGCAACGAAUUCUUGGACCGCCUCGACUACUAUUACCGUGCCUGGCUGCCUGCGCGCACCCUGGUGGAGGAGGCCAUCCAGCAGCGCUUUGAGGUCGAUCCCAGCGGUGAGAUUCUGGUACUAGCCCAGGGCGGCUGCCCAUGGAAGGAGCAUCUUUUCAGCCUCGAGCAAGAGAUGGAUGUGAAGACGCCUCUCAAAUUUAUCUUGUACACAGACCAGGGUGGCCAGUGGCGGGUACAGAGUGUCCCGGCUGGGCUGCGCACCUUUCAGAACCGGUUGUCGCUUCUGGAGGAAUGGUGCGGUUUGCGCGACGAGGAGCUCUCUGAGGUCAGCGGGAUCCCUGGUUGCGUCUUUGUCCACUCCAGCGGCUUCAUUGGGGGCAACCACUCCAAGGAAGGGGCGCUGGAAAUGGCGCAGAAGACGUUGGCUCAGCAGAUGGAAGCCAACUGAAGACCUAAGCACCUCCCAGAUGGACUUGUGGGGAUUCCCCUUUCUGUGCGAUUGCCAUAAACUAUGGGUUGUUUUGAAACAAACAAAACCACCCUGUUUGCAUAUGUAUGCCUGAGACAAAAUGUUGGACGGUGAGCUGGAGAUAAACCCUCAAAACAGUGCCAGGGAUUGGAUCCAGGAUCUGCCUUCCACAAGAGGAAGGGCUCCCCUGCAGAAGGUCCCUCCACCUGAUUUUGGGAGGUCCCCUCCCCUCAUCCUGUUCUGCAGGGUCUCCUGACUCCAAGGGUGCCGGAGGGGCUGCUGUGGAAAGGAGGGUGCAGGGAAGUCUACUGCCAGCACAGUUGUACCAGCUUAAAUCUGGAUCUAACCCCUGGAAAACAACAAAGUAAAAGAAUCCUUUUGGGAAUGGGCCAGAAGGGGCUACUGAAAGUCUUUUGUCUGCUACCACCCAUCACCCACCUCCGAUUCUCUUGCAAAGAACUUAGGAGCUGGGCACAUGGGUAGGGUGACCAUAUGGAAAGGAGGACAGGGCUCCUGUAUAUUUAAUAGUUGUAUUGAAAAGGGCAUUUCAGCAGGUGUCAUUU